AUGACCUUCCCGGAGGGCAAGAGAAGUCCUGCAAAGCAGCUGCAGCGCGUUGCAGGAGCAGCAGCAGCAGCAGCAGCAGCAGCAGCAGCAGCAGCAGCUAGCGACCUUGCCAAUGCAUCCGACAGCAGCAGCAGCAGCAGCCGCAGCAGACGAAAGAGCAGCAGCAGCAACAGCACCGUCAGCAGCAGCACAGGGAUUACUAGCAGUUUCAAUAGCCCCCCCGGCCCUCCUCAGCCUUCUUAUAAGCAAGCAGCAACUGCAGCAGGAGCAGCAACUGCAGCAGCAGCAGCCGCAGCGCUGCAUGCGGGAGAAUCCACCGAUGGGGACAGCAGCAGCAGCAGCAGCAGCAACAGCAACAGCAACAGCAGCAGCAGGAAGAAGGACCUGAACCGCAGCAGACGAAAGAGCAGCAGCAGCAACAGCACCGUCAGCAGCAGCACAGGGAUUACUAGCAGUUUCAAUAGCCCCCCCGGCCCUCCUCAGCCUUCUUAUAAGCAAGCAGCAACUGCAGCAGGAGCAGCAACUGCAGCAGCAGCAGCCGCAGCGCUGCAUGCGGGAGAAUCCACCGAUGGGGACAGCAGCAGCAGCAGCAGCAGCAACAGCAACAGCAACAGCAGCAGCAGGAAGAAGGACCUGAAGUCUGCAGCAACUGAAGCAGCCGAAGCAUCAGCAGCAGCAAAUGCUGCUGUUACAAAGGCACCUGCAGCAGCAGGAGCAGCAGCAGCAGGAGCAGCAGCAGCAGCAGCAGCAGCAGCAAAGGCAGCAUCAGGCGGAGCAUCAAAAGCAUCAGCAGCAGGACCAGCAGCAGCAGCAGAACCAGCAGCAGCACAAGCACCCGCACCAGCACCCGCACCCGCAGCACCAGCACCAGCAACAGCAACAGCAGCAACAGCAGCAGCAGCAACAGCAGCAGCAGCAGCAGGGCCUGCCUCUUCAUUUGCGCGUUGCUGCAUUACUUUUGGGGGUGCUUCACAAGCAGAUGUUAUUCCUGUUGAAGACUUUGAAUUGUUUCCGCUGCUGCAGUGGCGCGACUCUCGGGGGAGAGUUUUUAAUGAUAGUCUAUUCAAUCAGCAGCAGCAGCAGCAGCAGCAGCAGCAGCAGCAGCAGCAGCAGGAGCAGCAGCAGCAGGAGGGGAAGGGAGAGGGAGAGGGAGGAGAGGGAGAGGGAGUCGCUGGAGAAAAUCAGGCGAGAAAGAGCGCAGCAGCAGCAGCAACAACAGCAGCAGCAGAACCAGAAGCAGCCCUAGCAGCAGCAGCAGACAAAACAGACACAGCAGCAGCAGCAGCAGCACCUUCAGAAGCCGCAACAGCAGCAACAGCAGCAUCAUCCGAACCCGCAACAGCAACAGCAACAGCAGCAGCAACAACAACAGGAACAGCAGCAGCAGCAGCAGGAGCAGCAUAUGAUGCAGAUGAAUAUAAAGGUUUACAAAUACAGCCGCAGCAGCAGACAAAACAGACACAGCAGCAGCAGCAGCAGCACCUUCAGAAGCCGCAACAGCAGCAACAGCAGCAUCAUCCGAACCCGCAACAGCAACAGCAACAGCAGCAGCAACAACAACAGGAACAGCAGCAGCAGCAGCAGGAGCAGCAUAUGAUGCAGAUGAAUAUAAAGGUUUACAAAUACUAUGUUUGUUUUAUUAAGUCUACAAAGGCUCUUCAGUCUUUCUUUCGCUCGAGAGGCAUCCAGAAGCUGCCUAGACACCCCAACCCUUUCACUUUCGGGCCCCUCAGCAGCAGCAGCAGCAGCAGCAGCAGCAGUAGCAGCAGCAGCAGCAGCAGCAGCAGCGCAGCAGCAGCAGCAGCUGUAGUGGAAGCAUGCUGGUUGGAGCCUGCUGCUGAGUGCUGCUCCUUCCCUCUACAGCCUCUAGACGGUGCGUUUGCUGCUGCUGCUACUGCUGCUGCUGCUGCACCUUUGCAGCAGACUGCCCUGGGCGAUGAUGAAACAACAAACAACUCUAUUGUUACUGCUGCUGCUUCUGCUGAUACACCGCGAGACGCAGCACCAGCAGCAGCAACAGCAUCAGGAGCACCAGCACCAGCAGCAGCAGCACCAGCAGCAGCAGCAGCAGCAGCAGCUACAGAGGAGUUUGUAGCUGUGAGUUAUAGUAAGAGCUUCACCCCAACAAAGAAUGAUGUUGCUUGUCAGCUUCUCUUUCAAGCUGCUCUGCUGCCUACCCGUCUGCUGCAGCAGCUGCAACAGCAGCUGCAGCAGCAGCAAGACCAGCAGCAAGACCAGCAGCAAGACCAGCAGCAGCAGCAGCAGCUGCUGCUGCAGCAAGCGGCGUGGCAGUGGCUUCUCUUUCAAGCUGCUCUGCUGCCUACCCGUCUGCUGCAGCAGCUGCAACAGCAGCUGCAGCAGCAGCAAGACCAGCAGCAAGACCAGCAGCAAGACCAGCAGCAGCAGCAGCAGCUGCUGCUGCAGCAAGCGGCGUGGCAGUGGGUGGAUCAGCAGCAGCAAGCAGCCCCCCUAGUGCAGCUUAAGACAUCUUUCUGCUUGCCUGAAGUCAAACCACCAGCAGCAAGGCGCUUCUUAUCUAUUGCUGCACCGCAGCAGCAGCAGCAGCAGCAGUUGCUGUUGCUGCAGCAGCAACAGCAGCAGCAACUGCAGCAGCAACUCAUCCAACAGCAACAAUUCCAGCAACUCCACUUGCCACAGCAACAGAUACAGCAGCAGCACCACUUGCUGCAGCAACAGUUGCUGCAACAGCAGCUGCUGCAGCAGCAGUCAAUGCACCUGCAGCAGCAGCAACAGCAGCAACAGCAGCAGCUGCUCCAACAGCAACAACAGCAGCAACAACAGCACUUCCAGCAGCAACAGGAGCUGCACAUGCAGCAGCAACAGCAGCUACUGCUGCACCAGCUACAGCAGCAGCAGCAGCAGCAGCAGCAACAGCAGCAGCAGCAGCAGCAGCAGGGUGCUACUAUGCGUUGCCCUUCAUUAACUGAGACUUUAAGCCGGAUCCUCUCUUCAGGGUUUCAACAAAACACAAAACCUGUCAUCCCGAGGCAACUUAACACAAACCCUCAAACCCUCAAACUAACAAACCCUAACAAACAAACUCAAAUACAAUACCCAACCCUGGGGGCCCCCCAGGGGGCCCCCCAAAACUCUUUACUACCCUUUAUCCCUCGUGGGGGCCCCCAGGGGGGCCCCCUGGGGGCCCCCUUAGGGGCCUCGCAGGGGGCCCCCUUAGGGGCCCCCCAGGGGGCCCCGUUGGGGACCUCACAGGGGCACCCCUUGGGGGUCUCAUUGGGGGGCCCCUUAGGGGCCUCUGUGGGGUCCUCUGUGGGGGCCCCGUUGGGGGCCCCCUUAGGGGCCUCCUUGGGGGCCCCCCAUGGGGGCCCCCCUCAGGGGUUUUAUGAAGGGGUAUUGUUAGAUGGGGGUGGGGGCCCCCAGGCUUCAGGCGGUACGUUAGGGUUUGAAGGAGGGGUAGAGGGGCCCUCUCUACUGGGUCUGAGGGGCUUUGGGGGGGGCCCCCCAAGAGGUGGGUAUAUAACAGGGGGCCCCCAAGGGGGCCCCCAAAGUGGGGCCCCACAGGGGGCCCCACUGGGGGCCCCCAUUGAACAGCACAGUGGACAGGUAGGAGGGGGUUGGGGGGCCCCCUGUACAGCAGACGGAGUUGAGGGUUUAGGCGGAGGAUUUGUCUUUGACGCAAACAACAAGAGAAUGAGUGCAGCAGCAGCAGCAACAGCAGCAGGAACAGCUGCAGCAGCAGCAGACGGAGGCACCGGCGGGUGGGGGGCCAGCAGCAGCAGAGAACUGCAGCAGCAAAUAUCACCGCUUCAAACUGCAGCAGCAGCAGCAGCAGCAGCAGCAUCUGGUGCUUCCGGUGGGAUCUACAACAACAGCAGCAGCAGCAGCAUCAAACCCACCACCAGCACCAGCAGCACCAGCAGCACGAGCACCAGCAGCAGCAGCAGCAGCAGCAGCAGCAGCAGCAAGUUGAGGGAGGUGGAGCGUGAGCAUUACGAGGAUUUCUUUUUGCCUCGUUUACGUUUAUUAGGAUAUGCAGGGUUUUAUAAACAAAAGAAAGAAAGGGUUUAUGCAUGGGGCAGCAGCAGCAGCAGGGUCGGCGCUCCUCGCUAUACUAUGGACGGCUGCGCGACGUUCUUUUUAUUGCGGAAGUUUGCUGCUGUAGAUGCAGCAGGAGUAGAGUUUCCUGACUUCGCAAAGGCUGUAUAUACACCCCAGCAGCAGCAGCGCAGCAGCAAUCCCUCCCCUGCAGCAGCAGCAGCAGCAGCUGCUGCUGCUGCUGCUGUUGUUGGGGGGGUGGUGGGGCCGGGGGCCAGUGCUGCAGCAACAGCAGCAGCAACACAGCAGCAGCAGCAGCAGCAGCAGCAGCAGCAGCAUUCUGCUGCAAUGACGCUGCCCAGGCGGCUUCUGAAGGAUAACGUAGCGCUCCUGCUGCUGCUGCAGCGCCGGAAAGACAACCAGCAGCAGCAACACCAGAACCAGCAGCAGCAGCAGCAGCAGCAGCAGCAGGAGCAGCAGCAGCAGGAUCAGCAGCAGCAAGUGAAUGGAGGGGAUUUGCUGCUCGUUUGCAAUGUGCACAUCACAGCCAAUCCGGAGGCCAACGACGUCAAGCUCUGGCAAACCCAAACCCUUCUCGCGGUUAUAGAGGAGUAUAUGUUAGGGUUUGGGUCUUGUCCUCCUCGCUUGUUGGUUUGCGGCGACUUCAACAGCUCUCCUUCAUCUGCGGGUUUGGGAGUGAGAAGCAUUGAGGAAGCGUGA